GCUAGUAAGUGUGCGCGAUUAUGGAAACAGAACAAAGUGAAAAAAAUGAUACGAUUGCAGGAGAUGUUGCCAGUGGAAAUAACGAGCGUAACAUUUUUGGUUGUGACGAUAGUUGUGAUAAAUCUGAUAGCCACAAGAUUGUUACUAAACUGAUGUCACAACUACAAAAUAUUUGGACACCCCCAUUGAGCGAUCGAAAAAUGCGAAACCCAGUAAAUAUUUCCGCAAAAUCUAUCUUUUCUAAAGCGAUAAAAUUCUCUGGCGAUGGUGAAAUUGGGAAAGCUUCUGAGACAGCUCAGUACAAUAAAUCGUAUUUAUCAAAGAAUAACAAAGAUGCAAUUACUCGCAUUCCAUUGAAAAAACGUCCAAUUGAUAGUUCCUCUGCUAUGCAGAAUUCUUCAGAAAUAAGAAAUAAAAGUACGACAGAACCAUUUCUUUCUACUGCUGAUCUUCAUGAAGAAAAAGAAGACCCAGAACCAAGACUUCCUACACAUUCAGACAAUGCUUCUGUUGAUACCCAAUGUAUCAUCAGGAAACCUAUGAAAGAAUCAACACGAACGGCUCAACCAAAGCUUGAUUUUCGACAAGAAAACCUUCGUUUGUUGAAAUCAGGCUCUAGUGAAUUUUCUAAUUCCCAAUCAGAAAACAGGGAUCAGAAAGUAAAUUUAGAUUCAAGAAAAUCCGUGAUUCAAUGGAGUCCCCGUACUCCUUCUGUUUCGAAUCCACCUCCAGCAAGUGAAAGUCAGCAACAAUCUUUAUCAGAAUCUUUUAAUGAUGAAGAACUACUGGAUUUGUCAUUGAGAAAGAACAGUUCUUCCAAUUUUCAAC